AUGACGUCCCGCCCAGCCAGCGACGGCCCGGUUUUGGGGGAUAUCCCACCGCCGGCUAAGCGGCCUCGCAGGGCGAAAGCGAGGCGUGAAGAGGUCGUCAAGCCUAAAAUCUGUUGCGUCUGCAUGGACAAGCUACCGGACGAAAAACCGCUGGCAUACCAGUGCCAUGGUUGCUACUUUGGCACCUACUGCGCCGGGUGUUUGGCGACGCUCUUCCUUAGGGCCACCCACGACGAGAGUGAAAUGCCCGUUAACUGUGGCUGCCGUCGUCAAAUCUCCGUGGAUGCCGUUAAAGACACCUUGUCCACUGAGCAGAUAGAGGAGUUCAAGAGAAAGCUGGAAGAGUGGGCGACCGGCGACCGACUCUACUGCCCGAAGCCGACAUGCUCGGCCUUCAUCGCCCCUCGACUCUAUGCCCUGUCCAAGCACGCCCAGCCUUUCCGCGCCAAUCUCAUCGAGUGGUCAGCCAAGGACAACGAGUAUGAUCCUAGCAAAUACGACCCCACAGUUUCUUGCCCGGAGUGUGCUCUCAACAUCUGCACAAACUGCCGGAAGGAAGCCCAUGAGGAAGACUUGGAUCAGAACCGACGAUGCACCCGCAGCCGUGAUCCGGAGAUGGACCCCCUGACUCUAGAGAAGCUCAAGAAAACCGGCUGCAAGAACUGCCCCCGUUGCCACAGGGCUUCCCUCGUAGACUGUCCCGGUAGCGAGGAGUGUCUGGAGGAUCCUGCGACGAUUGGAGACGACGAGGACGGAGACGACGAUGAAGAUGACGACGAGGAGGACGAUGGAUACGACGACGAUGAUGGUGACGAAUAUGGCCCAGACGAACCCUAUCCAUUUAGCAAAGACGACGAAGGAAACAAAGGAAAUGAAGACGGCGAAGGAAACGGAGGUGCUAAUGAUGCGUCUGCUGACGACCAAUCUGGCCCUAAUCAAGGAGUCUCACGUCCGCAAGCGGAAAAUGGUACUCCUCAUCGUACGAACCACACCACGCCUGCCGAUCGCAUGAGCAUAGCCUUCCUUAACAACACCCCAUCUCCGCCCGUUGUUGGGGCCAUUGAAGCUCUAUUCUCUCUUGACCCGCUGCCUGCCUUCCUGCAGCCAUCUGCCAUCCCCGACGACGUCGAUCUCGACCUUUUCGAGAAUUCCUCAAUCCUAGACCUAGGAUUGGACCCGGACGAGCUGCAACCCUACCAAUGCCAACACAGGACAUGGUCGAAGAUCAGCCCCCAGGCCUCCUACUGGCACCAGAAGGAACCGAUCAUCUGCCAAUGGUGCAAGAAGGCGGUGGCCAAACCGCCAGACAACAAUAGCAGUUCGGCAGCAUCAUCGUCAUCCUCGAAGCAAACGCCGCCCGCCGACAUAGAUGCGGCCCAGGGGAUCGUCUGCACCAUGUGUUACCGAAUAGCCUGUAUGCAGUGCGGGAUCAAGCUCGGGGUUUUUAUCAACAAGUAG